UCGUUCGUUGCUUUUGUUCAGUAUUUAAGCAACCGCGUUCCAGUGAAGGUCAGUAGACCAGUACUGGGACGACAGACGAGUUCUGUAGAGUUGCAUCGAUCCCGUUAGUAGUCGAAACCGGGGCGAAAGUGCUGCUGAUCGCGCUCUUCGGAGAUGACCCACUAACAACCGCUCUCGUGCAAAGGCUAGGGAGCAGCUCAAAGCGCGCAGGUGCCAUCAGGCAGGAUCUGUUUUUGGAGAUUCGAUUUUAUUUUUAGUGUUUGACGAUCGCUACCUAUAUACAUACAAUAGAAAGUAUGAAUUCCUCGCAGGCGAAGAAUAGUUGGCGAUUAGUGUUAAGUGGUGUUUUGUGCGUACUAAUCUGUGAUAUCCAUCGGGCGACCGGGGCAGUAUUUAAGUCACCCAACAGCGAUGAUGCCAACUUCUGGCGAAACCAUGCCGAGGCCUACCUGAAGCGAGUCCUACAAUACGAUACCCACCGUCACGGUAUCGGAGCCGCAAAAAACGUCAUCAUUUUUGUCGGUGACGGGAUGGGCGUUUCGACCCUGUCCACCGGUCGCAUCCUCAAGGGUCAGAUGGCCGGUCGGUCCGGCGAGGAGGAAUCGUUAAGCUUUGAUCACUUUCCGUACACGGGUUUUUCGAAAACCUACAACACCGACAGGCAGGUGCCGGAUUCGGCUGGAACGGCAACGGCUCUGUUUACCGGUAUCAAAACCAAGUCCGGUGUCAUCGGAGUGGAUUACACGGUGACGGAAACGAACGAACUGGCGGCCAGUGUAACCAGCAUUAUGGACUGGGCUCAAGCGGCUGGGAAGCGUACCGGAAUUGUAACCACGACAAGAGUGACACAUGCGACACCGGCUGCGGCAUAUGCGCACUCUUUUAGCCGGAACUGGGAGUGUAACGCAAAGAUACCGGAUAGUAUGCAGAAUAAGACCAAAGAUAUAGCGCGGCAACUGGUGGAGAAUGCACCCGGAAAUAAGCUGAAUGUGAUUUUAGGUGGAGGCAGAAGCGAACUUGGAGUUAGUGUUGGGGAUGACACGGUCACGGAGCAAAAGAUCAACGGCUCGAUGGACAAACCAUGCAACCGAACGGAUGGUAGAAAUUUGGUAAACACGUGGUUAGAAGAUAAAAAUGGUUCGUCGGCGGCUUUCGUCUGGAACACAUCGCAACUUCUGAAUGCGGAGGUUGAUGAACUCGAUUACCUGCUCGGAUUGUUCGCCGAUGAGCACAUGUCUUACGAGACGCUUCGUGAUAAGACUGGCGGAGGGCAACCUUCUUUGUCUGAUAUGACUGAGAAAGCGAUUAGAGUCCUGAAGCGGAAGCACUCAAAUGGGUUCGUGCUGAUGGUAGAAGGUGGUAGGAUUGAUCAUGGUCAUCAUCAGAACAUUCCUCGGUUGGCGCUGGCGGAACUUGUCGAACUAGACAGAGCUGUGGAGAGAGCUUUGGGCAUGGUUAAUCUAGAGGAUACGUUGAUAAUUGUAACGGCGGAUCAUUCCCAUGCUAUGACCUUCAACGGUUAUCCCGACAGAGGCAAUGACAUUUUGGGUCUCGGUAACCGUCCGGACAAACUACCGUACGAAACCAUAACCUACGCGAAUGGACCCGGCUUUCGCUAUCAUCGGGCAAGCGAUGAUCCAGCCGAACCGAAGAGCCACGGAACAUGGAUUCCGGUGGAAACAAUGGAUCGAUCACCGAUCAGUUAUCGUCAUCUGUCCUCAUUGCCGCUGGAUGACGAAACUCACGGCGGUGAAGAUGUCGCAGUGUUCGCAGCCGGUCCCGGAUCCGGUUUGGUGCGGGGAACGUUCGAGCAGAACUACAUUGCUUACGUGAUGAGUUACGCGGGCUGUAUGGGACCGGCCAGACGAAUGAACGAAGAUUGUUCCCAUAGGUGGAGUUCCUCGGGGGCGGUAGCUUCCAAUGUCAGUGUCGGUACGGUUGCUCAACUGUUGAUCAGUUUGGCGUUCGUUGUGGUAGCUAAGAUGUUUUAUAAUUUUUAAUUCGUUUUCGGCACUAUGCUAUGUGUGUAAGUUAAAUGUAACUUAGGGUAUUUGUAUAGGAGAAUUAAAUAAAAUUGCCACGGAUACUUUGAAAGUAUAAAUAAUUUAAACAUAAAUUGUGUCACGCAUCCGCAUCUCAGCCCGGUAAAACCAAAUUAUGUGACACUCAAGCAACAAAUAAAAUUGUG